AUGGACACGGUUAACAAACCGGAUGGCAUCACGCCAUGCAUGGCGCCCAGGGAAAAGCGCCAGAGUCAACAGGACCAGCACCAGAUCAAUGGCUCGACACAAAAAGUCUCAGACAGCGAUCAUUACCUCAGCUCCGACAACGAUGAUGCCCCCGUCCGCCCCGUGGCCAUGGCAGAGGCCGACGAGGCUGAGGACGUGCUGGGCGUCAGCAUCAGCCGCACUCAGAGCCGCAUGAAGGCGCGCCAGACGCCCGCAGAGGAGAAAUCCAGAAUCAUGGAGAGGUCCGGAGGGUACUUCGACCCCGUCCCGGACACGGAACCCGACGGCGACUAUCUGCCCAGCUUGACGGCAGAACCGGAGUCUCUGCCGGUAGAGCAAGAGACGAAGAAGAAGAAGGCCGACAGAGAGGCCGAAAAACCACAUGAGGCGAAAGAUCGAGAAACAAAAGAGACCAGGGAUCAGCCGCGUACCAGCUUCACCAGGUCUCUUCUCAAAAGUGGCUCCGUCCGGCGUCUGACGUGGUCGGGCGAUGCCAUCUCGAAUCUCAAUCUCAAAAAGCUUCUCCCGGAUUUGAGUUCUCUCACCAAACGGACUUCUCUGUCAUCAUCAAAAACGGGUUCGGGCACUGGUCGCCCGCGCAGCCAGCAUGUCAAGUCGACGAGUACCGGCAGUGCUCAGUUGGACUCUCAGCAAGACAGACAACUCCCUGCUGGCCAACUCUCUGAGGACAGUUCCGCCUUCCCCAGCGAAACCGAGACCCCAACCUCCGGGGAAGACGGGGUAGCCGCAUUGAAGCCGCUCGACAGCGCCACUCAUUCACAUCAGCAUCGGCCCAGUGUUGCGAGCCAACGGCCUCCGCUCAGUUUACGCCGCUCAGCAUCGGACCAGAGUCUGUAUGUGAGGAGCCUAUCUCGCACCUCGACUUUGGACCAGCGUCGUCCAUUUGAAAAUGUGCACUCCCAGGUCAACAGCCGCUUCCAGGCCAUCAAGGACAGCCUGCAAGACUCGAGCAGUCGGUUGCUCAGCAUGCCAAACUUCAACCUCCCAGACAUCCGGGGCGAGUGGAACCCCGGACGGUUUCUCAGUGAUGGAUCCCAGCGGAAAGACACUCAGACAAACGAGACGCAGCCCAAUGGGGCCCCUCCGCCAAGGCAGAACACCAUGUAUCCCAUCCUGACAGAGGCACUGUCGCACAUGACCGGUGACGUGGUUGUCAUGGGCGGAUAUCGAGGAUCCGUUCUGCGUUCGGCGAAACCGCCUCAUCGCCAGCUCUGGGUUCCGAUGAAAGUGGGCUUGAAUAUCCGCAAAGUCGACUUGGAGGUCGGAUUGACCCACGAGGACGAGGAGCGGAUGGAGGAGACGAUUAUCGCGUCCGAAGUCCUAUCUCACAUCGGCCCGGUGGAUAUCUGUCGACGGCUGAUGCAUAAGAUGCGCAAAUGUGAGAAUUCCCGGAAAGGCGAGCUCCGCGUCUGGGACUACGGGUACGACUGGCGUCUGAGUCCGCAUUACUUGUCGAAACGGUUGAUCAAAUUUCUUGAAGGCCUGCCGUGCAACGCCCCUGGGGUCCCGCGGGAGAAGCGAGGGGCUUUUGUCGUCGCACACAGUCUCGGAGGGCUGAUUACUCGACAUGCCGUGAACCAGCGGCCGGAGCUGUUUGCCGGAGUCGUGUACGCGGGCACCCCUCAGCACUGCGUUAAUAUUCUGGGCCCGCUGCGAAACGGCGACGACGUGCUGCUCAGCUCGCGCGUGCUGACGGCGCAGGUGAACUUUACCUUCCGGACCAGUUAUGCACUGCUCCCGGAGGAUGGGCGCUGCUUUAUCGACAAGCGGACGAAGGAGGACUAUCUGGUGGAUUUCUUCUCGGUCAAGAGCUGGGAAGAGUACAGAUUCUCGCCGUGCAUCGCGGCGCCGCUUCCUCCCCUGGGCAGCGAGAAUAGGCGGAGUCUGAUCGAGACUCUGCCCAACUCUCUUCCCUCAUUGCCCAAGAUCGGACUCGGGAAGCGGUUUUCCACGAUUCUGGGCAGUAAGGACGGCGCGACGGCAGAUACUCCAAGGUCAUCGCGCGAAGAGGAGGCAGAAGAGAGCGUUCCUCGAGAUCACGACAAUGGACAAGCCUGUGCGGGGAGAGAUCCAGAAAACCCAGUCGUCGAGAAUCUUCUCGGACCAAGCACCGCCCCCAACACGUCCUCCUCGACGAACGCCGCCGUAGCAGCAGCCACGAGCACGAUCCCCCGGGCAGACGCGAUAGCCUACCUGGAGCGUACGCUGGCCGAGGUCCUCCGCUUCAAGAGGGAGCUGGCUUUCAACGAGUCCCACCAGGCGGAGAAUCGCUAUCCGCCAUUUGCAGUGCUGUACUCCAAGUGUCUGCCGACGGUGUACGGCGCGCGAGUGCAGUCGCGCGAGCACAUCAAGUGUCGGGACGCGUACGACGAUCUGGCCUUUGCCGCCGGCGACGGGGUCUGUCUUGCGUCUGCUGCCAUGCUACCCCCGGGAUAUCGGGUGAUCAAGGACGGUCUGGUGAAGACGGAUCGUGGACAUGUGGGUUUGCUGGGCGAUCUCGAGGCGGUGGGCAAGUGUCUUUUGGCGAUCGUCAAGGGGAGAAAGGCAGGAGUUGGGCUUGGUCGGCCAGAAAAAGCUGAUGCUGAUGCUGAUGCGAAUGCGAGAGGGACUGAGCUGUCUUGA